AUGAGGGUCUCACAACUUCCCCUCCUCGUCAUCACCAUCGGUGCAAGCCUCGUGCUCGCGCAGGAACGCUGCGACGCACCUUCGCCCGGCAUUUACUGCAACUCGACAGAAAUCCUCGCCUUCCACUCCGACGAUUGCAAACCUUUCCACGUGUUUGUCGCACGAGGCUCUGACGAACCCUACCCCGGCCGCUUGGGUAACCUCACCUCGGAGAUCUGCGCAGGAAUUGGAGGUUCAGAAGAGUGCGGUUACGAAGAUGUCGAGUACCCUGCGAAGAGCUCAGCGUGGGGAGCAACCGCAUGGUGUGAUUCAGCAAGCAAGGGUGCCAAGAACGGACAGGACCAGAUGAAGGCGUACAGCGAAAAGUGUCCGAACAGCAAGUUGAUCGUUUUGGGUUUCUCGCAGGGUGCAUCAGUCGCACAGGACAUGCUCGGUGGAGGAGGAGGCCCAGUCUUUGCAUGUGAGCAAGAGAUGAACCCAGCUCUGGAUGCUACAAUUGGUUCCAAUGUUGUUGCAGCAGUGACCUUUGGCGCGGUCGUCCGUUCUCGUGACCAGAACUUUACCGUCGGUCGCGGCGUAGACUACGAUGGUACCAGUGCGCGCAGCCCAGAACAUCUUGAAGGCCUUAACGCCUACGCCAACGUCCUCCUCGACUACUGCCACUACGGCGACCCAAUCUGCGCCGUCGGUUCUUCUCCCCCGGACACAAACGAGCACCUCAACUAUUUCUUCCAGCACAACGAAGAGGUCGUCAAGUGGGUAUCUGGCAUGGCCAAAGCCAGCGGUGGUGAUGUGAGUGCGAAACCCAGCAAGCCCGUAAUCAGCCAGUCUCCCUCUUCGACAAGUGUGGCCGCGAAGCCUGCCGCUACCUCCGGAUCCGCUACCAUUACCCCUUCACCUGUUGCGACGCCAACUGACGAUGCGGAGAAGAGUGCAGAAACUAGCGCGACAGGCGCUGCCAGCUCGCUAACUGCUACCCUUGGGUACAUGACUGCGUUGGCUUUGAGUGUGGUUGUCUUCUUGUAG